AACUUUUUUCUUGUAGUUUUGGAAAGAAAGGCUAUUUCUCUGAAGGCGGCCCUAGCCGCCGUUCAGAUCGCUUGCUCUCCAAAAAGAUCAGCUCCCAUUUUGUUCUGGCGGCUGGGGAUGCCAGGGAAGCGCUGAGAGAUUUACAAGGUAUCCUUUCAAAAAGAACUCCCAGCGGAGAAGAGGCCGGGAAUGUCGUCCUCGCAGUUACAACCCAAAUGAUUAGAAAAGUGCAGAGUACGUUUUGCAAAGAUUACGUAAAAACGAAAUCUGGCCACGGAAACCUUUUCUCUGUGGCAUCGGCCACCAAACUAACUAGUCAAAGAAAUAUUCUGCUCUUUGCAACUUUCUCAGCCCGGAAACCCUCUCUGCUAACGUAGCAAAUGGAUAAUUUUUACGUGGAGAAUUGUAAUGUUUUUACAGAAAUUUUGAAUACAGAUGUGUGCCAUUUGGGAACCUCCCCCCACCUCCCUUCGUGUUUGUGCGAGAAAAAGGGAUCUGUGUGGUUAUGGAGCUGUUCCUACUGUACUGUGGUGGGAAACGGAGAUGCUUGAUUUUUUGUUUUGUUUUUAGUAGGGGAAACCGUAUAGAAAUCCACCCCCCCCCCAAAAAAAAUGUGUGGUGUAUUUCUUAGUGGUCUCCUGCUGGUUCUCAGAAAGUAAACCUAAAUCCAAACUCUUGAUUCUAGGCCUAGGUUUCCAAGCCGUUUUGAUUGGGGAUUUGGAAGUCAAAAGAUAAAAUUGUGAGUGAAUGUCUGUCUGGACAAUUUAUGGUAAUAAUGAGGCCUAAUGAGGUUGUUAGAAAGAUAAAAUGUUAUUUACCAAAAAACCUGAUGGGAUAAUUUGACUUGCUGUGUUUUACUACCGAUGAUAAAAAGAAUAUUGAUUGCAAAUAAAUCACGGCCUCUAAAUGCCUGCAAACACUUUGUGGUUGCUCAGGCCACAUCAAAGUCGAACUUACCAGAUAAAGUAAGUGAGGAGAGGCCUCCGAAGGCAGUCCCCUCUUCACAGCUGGCAGCUCCUGGCCCUCCCGUUAAUAUUUUACCGGUUAAGCCCUCCUUUUGUAUUUAAAAAAAAAACAAAUGGUGUUUUAGUUAUUGUUGUUGAUGAUGGCCGGGAUUAAAAUUUUAAAUUACCUGUCACCACUGCAACCUUUAAGUGUGGGGAGCCAUUAUAUGCAGAUUAAUUUGGGAGCUAAAAGGAGUGUGCUUUCAUUUUAAAUUGCUGGAGGAUUUGGACCCAAAGAAAACCCUGGAUGGUUUAUUUUGCUUGACCCCCUCAGGGUCGAAGGGAGGGGGCUUAGGUUCUUUACGUUUGGAGAUCUGUUUUAUCUGGGUAGUUAAAAGGUUUCCCCUUCUAGUUAGUGUGAGAUAAACUUGGAAAUUGGCUGCUGGAGUUGUGGGGGGGUAACUGAGGGUGGCCUGGGGAAAUUCUAUGGGACCAAGGCUCCCGCUGUGGCCUUCUGGAGAUGCACGGAUUCUGGAACUUUUCUUGAGUGACAAAACAAAACAAAACAAAACAAAACAAAACAAAACAAAAACACCUCUUCACGAUGGUUGGAAGUUGAGUUUCUAGAGGCGGCUCAUGAUUUGACCCCUCCCUCCCUCCCAGGGUGGUGUGCUGGGGGGUGGGGGGCUUCCUGUUCUUGACUGGACAAGAGCGGCUGCCCCCCGACUUUCCCAGUUCGGGGGACUCAUCACUCUCUCUCUCUCUUUCUCUCUCUCUCUCUCUCUCUCUCUCUCUCCCUCCCUCUCCCCCCCCCACACCCCUACUGGCCCUCUCCUCCCUCGGUGGGCUAUGUGGUUGCAGGGCUCACAGUAUGAACUCAAAGACAACCCGGGGGUGCACCCUGCCACCUUCACAGCCCACACGGCGCCGGCCUACUAUCCCUACGGCCAGUUCCAGUACGGGGACCCGGGGCGGCCCAAGAACGCCACGCGCGAGAGCACCAGCACGCUCAAGGCCUGGCUGAACGAGCAUCGCAAGAACCCGUACCCCACCAAGGGCGAGAAGAUCAUGCUGGCCAUCAUCACCAAGAUGACCCUCACGCAGGUGUCCACCUGGUUCGCCAACGCGCGCCGGCGCCUCAAGAAGGAGAACAAGGUGACGUGGGGCGCGCGCAGCAAGGACCAGGAGGACGGCGCCCUCUUCGGAAGCGACACCGAGGGCGACCCGGAGAAGGCCGAGGACGACGAAGAGAUCGACCUAGAGAGCAUUGACAUCGACAAAAUCGACGAGCACGAUGGCGACCAGAGCAACGAAGACGAAGAGGACAAGGCCGAGGCGCCGCGCCCGCCGGCGGCACCUACCGCCCUCGCCCGGGACCAGGGCUCGCCGCUGGCAGCCGCCGACGCGCUCAAGUCCCAGGACUCGCCCCUGGGCCUGGUCAAGGAGGUCCCGGAGCCCGGCAGCACUCGCCUGCUGAGUCCCGGCGCCGCGUCGGGUGGCCUGCAGGGCGCGCCUCACAGCAAGCCCAAGAUCUGGUCCCUGGCCGAAACGGCCACCAGCCCCGACGGCGCGCCCAAGGCCUCGCCGCCGCCACCCGCAGGCCAUCCCGGCGCGCACGGGCCCCCCGCGGGCGCGCCUCUGCAGCACCCCGCCUUCCUGCCCAGCCACGGACUGUACACCUGCCACAUCGGCAAGUUCUCCAACUGGACCAACGGCGCGUUCCUCACGCAGGGCUCCCUGCUCAACAUGCGCUCCUUCCUGGGCGUCGGCGCGCCCCACGCCGCGCCCCACGGCCCGCACCUGCCCGCGCCGCCGCCGCCGCCGCCGCCCGUCCCCGUUGCCGCGGGGGUACUCCACGGUGACAAGGCCUCCGCCCGAAGCAGCCCCGCGCUUCCAGAGAGAGACCUCGUCCCCAGGCCGGAGUCGCCGGCACAGCAGUUAAAAUCCCCCUUCCAGCCCGUGCGCGACAACUCGCUGGCCCCGCAGGAGGGAACGCCGCGGAUCCUAGCAGCCCUCCCGUCCGCCUGAUCCAGGGUCGUCUUUUACUUUUGCGGGGGGAGGGGGGAGGAGUUCGGGAGGGAGGGGAGGAGGGAGGAAUUAGGACAAAUAUUUCAGACCUGUGUAAAGGACAAAUAGGGCCACGACGUCACCGACUCCCAUCCAACGCUUCCUGCAGAAAGGGGCUCGUCCGCGUCCGAGCUCCAGUCCAGGCAGCCCGGCCUCUGCCCAGGGCCCUGGUGCCUGUCACCAGGCUCCGGUUGAUUAUCCGCUCGGUAAACGCCCCACGUGCUUGUGUCUUUUUUUUUUUUUUUUUCUUCUUCUUCUUUCUGUAUAUAGAGUGAUUUCAGAUUGUAAAUAGCGCGUCAGCGAACUUGUCUAAAUCAUAUAUUUUUGUCUAAUAAACUAAAUGAAAUGCUG